GAAUCUCAUUGAUUUCGAGCAGCGCCAGUUUUAGAUCGGAUUUUUACGGGAAACCGUGUGGAAGUGUUUUAUUUGUGAAUACCUGGAGGCGUUUAAAACAAGGAAACAUGUGGAUCCAGGUGCGUACUAUGGAUGGGAAGGAGACCCACCGGAUCGACUCCCUUUCUAAGCUGACCAAGGUUGACGAUCUCCGGCUCAAGAUCGCGGAAUUGUUUAAAGUGGAGCCCGAGAGGCAAAGGCUUUUUUACAGGGGCAAGCAGAUGGAAGACAGCCACACCAUCUUCGACUACAAUGUGGGAUUGAACGAUAUCGUCCAGCUCCUGGUCCGACAGGCUGUCCCUAACUGCCCCCCAGCUGUUCCGAAGGAGGCGGAGCUCUCUGAUACUGAUUCUGGCUGUGGCUCCGCCCAGAGCGAGUCGGACAAGAACUCCAAUAACGGGGAGGAGGUGGAAGGCCAGGCUGGCACCUCUGCGCAGUCUGAUCCUGUAGAGCCUGCAUUCGGCUGCUACAAGAUUAACGAGUUUGUGGACGCCUGUGACCUGAAUAUGGGAGCCUGGUUUGAAGCUCAGAUUCUCAAUGUGACUAAAGAACCCAAGAGUUCAAGCGAGUCUGGAGAGGAUAAAAGCGAUUCUGCAAAGCCCAGCAAAGAGGAGACCGUGGUUAUGUAUCACGUCAAAUAUGAAGAUUAUCCAGAGAAUGGUGUUGUGAAGCUGACUGGGAAGGAUGUCCGCCCCCGUGCCAGGACAGUGUACCAGUGGCACCAACUAGAAGUGGGCAUGGUAGUUAUGGUGAACUUCAACCCUGAUGAACCCAAGGAGAGGGGUUUUUGGUACGAUGCAGAAAUCCAGAGGAAGAGAGAAACACGCACCGGACGUGAAAUAUAUGGCAAGAUAUUGCUUGGAGAUGCUGGUGAUUCUCUAAAUGACUGUAAGAUCAUGUUUGUGAAUGAAAUCUACAAAAUUGAAGAGCCAGGAAGUGCAGAGGGUGCUGCUUUGGAGAGCCCCAUGAAAAGAUCAAACGGCCCAGAGUGUAAGCACUGCAAGGAUGACCCAAAGAAGAACUGCCGCAUGUGUAACUGCCAUGUGUGUGGGGUGAAGCAGGAUCCAGACAAACAGCUUCUGUGUGAUGAGUGUGACCAGGCCUUCCAUAUGUACUGUCUCGACCCUCCCCUAACCUCCAUCCCAGAUGAUGAGGACUGGUACUGCCCGAGCUGUAGGAAUGAUGCAAGUGAAGUAGUUUUAGCUGGAGAGAAGCUGAAGGAGAGCAAGAAGAAAUCUAAGAUGGCUUCUGCAAACUCAUCCACCCAGAGAGACUGGGGCAAGGGCAUGGCUUGUGUUGGUCGUACAAAGCAGUGCACCAUUGUACCUUCAAAUCACUAUGGACCAAUCCCUGGAGUUCCUGUGGGGACACAGUGGAAGUUUAGGGUGCAGGUCAGUGAGUCGGGAGUGCAUAGGCCGCAUGUUGCAGGUAUUCAUGGAAGGAGCAACGAUGGAGCCUACUCGCUGGUUUUGGCUGGGGGAUAUGAAGAUGAUGUGGAUGCCGGCAAUGAAUUCACCUAUACAGGAUCUGGAGGCCGUGAUCUGUCUGGAAACAAGCGUACAGCUGAACAGUCUUGUGACCAGAAACUCACAAAUAUGAACAGAGCUUUGGCUUCAAACUGCAACGCUGCUUUGAAUGACAAGGAUGGAGCCGAAGCCAAGGACUGGAAAGCAGGGAAGCCAGUCCGUGUGGUCAGGUCCUCUAAGGGACGCAAGCACAGCAAGUACAGCCCAGAGGAUGGCAACAGAUACGAUGGCAUCUACAAGAUUGUGAAGUACUGGCCAGAGAAAGGAAAGUCUGGCUUCUUGGUCUGGAGGUAUUUAUUAAAGCGACAUGAUGAUGAGCCAGCCCCAUGGACCAGAGAUGGGAAGGAGAGGAUAAAGAAGCUGGGGCUUACUAUGCAGUACCCAGAAGGCUACUUGGAGGCUCAGGCUGCCAAGGAGAAGGAAAAAGAAAACAAAAAGGAAGAUGAGGAGGAGGAGGAGGUGGAGACUCCCAGCAAAGGCAAAAGAAAGAGAAAAUCUCAAAUAGAUAAGGAGACUUCUUCCCCAGUUAAAAGCACACCCAAAAAGAUGAAAGUGGAGGCAUAUAAACUGACAAAGGAGCAGAAAGGGCUUAUUAAGGAGGAUGAGCUCAACAAGAAAGUUUGGGAUGAGGCUCUGACCUCACUCAAAGAAGGACCGAAAUUCCUGAAUAAAGUGGAAGAGGUAUUCCUGUGUAUCUGCUGCCAGGAAGUGGUUUUUCAACCAGUCACAACAGAGUGCCAGCAUAACGUCUGCAGGGAAUGUUUACAGCGCUCGUUCAAGGCCGACGUCUACACAUGUCCUGCUUGCCGGCAUGAUCUGGGCAAGAACUACAGCAUGACUGUCAACAAACCACUGCAAAGCCUUUUGAACCAGUUCUUUCCAGGAUACAGCAGUGGCCGGUGACAACUUCUCCACUCUGUCAUAGAAAUGACAAAGGGGGAGGGGGGGAGAUUUUAUGAACUGAAAUAACGAUUGGAAUUUUCAAACUAAAACUACACACCUUCAGUACCUUCAUGUUGGUGUGUGUCAAGUAUAUAGUUGUGAAAUGCAGCUGCUUUUUCUCUCUCCUUCCUUCCCAAGAUUUGUUUCCUUCAUUCAGAAUGUAAAUAUGUUGCAGUUUAACUUUGUGGACAGUGGUUACAGAUGUUUAGUGUUACUUUAUUUGCAAACUUGCUUAAUAAAUGGGUGUCUGUGAAAGGGGGCACAGUAGAGGUGAAAAGUCAUUGCAGCAGGGGAUAGUGUGCAGGAACAAAAAUACAAAACGCACAAUGACAACCUUGUUGCUCAGUCACUGCAACACAAUUUGUACAUUAGUUUUUAUAGGAACUCAAUAGCAGCCAGGUUGCAGUGAUUUCAAAAGUAAAGUUUUGGAAUGCUACCUCAAGCAGCCCUUCCUGUUAUCUCUGGGCAAACUUAGAAUGGAAGUCUAUUCUAGCUUGCGAUAUAUAAAAAAGCAAUAUAAAAAAAAAAAAAAAAAAAAAAAAAAAAAACCUUUGUGAAGCCCUUAAGUGCCUUUUUAUAAGAGAUGUGCCCCCCAUUCUAGUACUGAAUUGUUCAUUUAAACCUGCUUUUAUGAGAAGAGGGUGUUUAUAGCUCUGCUAGUUACUUGCAUUGUUUUGGUUUUGCAGUGACUCCUCACUUGAGUUUUUUUGCCCUUUGGUGUCUUGUAUACAUUGCAUCUUGGUAUCAUUUUUUUAUUUAAUGUAAUAGUCAUGGUGCAACAACGUGUGCCUCUUCUGUUUUACCAUCAGAGCCAGUGUAAAAAUAUACUUUUUGUGCUGAAAUGUACAUUUUGCAAAAUAAAAUGGGUAACUAAGUUGUGCUCAGUUUCUUUUCUUCUGUAAGUCAGUAACAUUUGCAAUUGUAUACCUCGACACAUCCAUUCAGCAUACUGGACAGUGUAUAUGCGUAGUGCUUGUGUUGGCAAAUCGUUGACUAAUUGUUGUUUUAAGUUUUUUUUUUUUUUGUUUGCCAAUUCCUACUCUCAAUGUGCAAGGUUCUGAAUUAUGAAAUAGUUUAUUUGAUUUGGACUUUCACUUACAGCGACAUGUAUUUGAC